UUUGUGUUCGUGUCGCUUCCAGUGUGGUUGGUGUUGUUCUGUGUCUCUCCUCACACCACUCACAGUGUAUAGUUUCACCUUAAAAAUCCAUUCCUCGCACGAAAUACUUUUCCAUUCGUGAAUUUCCCUUUGAAAAUCCCAUAUCCAAUAUCUCCUUUGUCUUUCUCAGACUUCCUCACAUAUCCCACGAGGUUUGCAGAACAAUUUGUAUACUCUGUUCAGUGUCUGGACUUCUCUUCCGUCCCAACGGAAAAAAGUGUACAUUGCAUAACGUUUUUCCCUCAUCGUCAAAUGGAUACAAUCGUGAACCACUGAAUAUUGCCAAUCAAAUCACUAUAAGUGACCCAUCACGAGCCUUUUCCCCGCCAUCUACAUUUCAUGUGACGCAGUUCGAAUGAUUAUGACGCCAGAAGCCAAAACAUGAACACGAGGAUGUUUCCGCUGCUUCUCACCCUCAGCGUCGUGGUCUGCACGACUGGACUGCCCCAGAAGGGCAAUCCCAAUGCCAUCAGGGUGAACAAGUGCUGUGAGAAAUUUGAGCUUCUCAUCGAUGCCGCCUGCUCGAGUCUCAAUGACACAGCAGCAGAAUCAGCAGGCGCCUGGGCACCAAUAUUCACCGGAUACCAUGGAGAGGAGAAUGUUCAAGUGGCCGACUGGAGGUACGUUAUAGGCCUUCCAGAUUGCGGGCCUCUGCAAAUGUGGCCUAUUUAUCACUACAUCACGAGCGCUGAUAAGCUAGUUCUCCUUCCGGAUGGAAAGAUGAGACACUUCAUUAAGAACACCAACGAUGCUGAUGACUUUCACAAGCAUAUCUCCGAGACAGAUGACAAACCGCUGUUUUACGACUAUGAGCCUGGACAGUAUUGCAUGGACAAGGUAAUCUUGACGAAGGGAGCUCAGAAGCAAGCCCAAUUUGCCAUUGUCUGCAGUCCCGAGAAGGUGACUCACUGGACGGAUACUGACUUCCUGCUGCGCAAAAUCAUCAAUCCAAUCUUCCACGGUGUGUCUAUGAUUGUUCUCCUGAUCAUCGCCAUUAUUUACUUCGUCCUGCCGAGCUUAAGAGAUCUUGUGGGCAACAUUGUCACCACAAUCACUGUGUGCCUGAUCGUGAAUCAGGCGGCAGAUCUCGUGAGGAUCUUCACAGAGUUCAGUAGUCACGUUAGCUUCCUAGUGGCCGACACCAUUCACUACUUGAGCCUCAUGGCGGCCUUCUUCUGGCUCAACAGUAUGGGCUACUACAUCUGGAAGACCUUCCGGUCCAGAAAUGUCUUCCUGCGCGUUACAGACGGUCGAAAGUAUUGCUGGUACUCAGGAUACGCCUGGGGUGCCACAAUUGUGAUGUCCGGCCUCGCGACAUUCGCCCACGUCUUCCUUGACACAGCCCAAUCAAAGAAACACGCACUAGUCGAGGAUCAGGAAACCAUGGGAUGGCUGGGAAUAGCCAUGUUCUUCACCCCCAUUGCCAUCUUGAUCUCCAUCAACAUCUUCUUCUACGUCACCACGCAGAAGAUCAUCAACCGCAUGAACACUUAUGGGAGAAUUCAUCACAAACUGAAAUCCAGCUUUGUGAUGUUCUCCCUCAUGUUCGCGGUAAUGAGCAUGGCGUGGCUCUUCUUGGUGCUCUCUUGGGUGCGGUACGACGUCUUCCUCUACACACACAUCGUAGUGAACGCCCUGCAAGCCCCACUUCUGCUCUACAUUUGUGUCCUGCGACAGAAACACGUGACAUUCCUGCUGAAAAAGUCCUGCUGCUACAAUGAACCGCCCAGCGCCACAGAUUGGGGAGACGAGAUGACGUACAUGAACGGCGGAGACUACUAAGCACCCCCAAAUAUCCCAGAAUCUCAUCAAUGCGAUACUCAAGGAGGAUUCACGAAUCUCCCUGACCCAUUUUGUACUUAAGAAGCUUACGAUGGAGAGCUUUUAUGUAAAUUAUUGACGAAUGAAA